GAAUACGAAGAGAAGAUUUUGGCAUCGUCACAAGGUGCAUGCGAUUCUAGAAAACCGCCAACGGCAAAGCCACCUCGUCACAAUGGAGCAAUGGUUCGAGAGGAUUCAGCAGAUGAGUUUGAGAACGACGAUGAUGCCUUGAGCUGUGACGAUGACGAUGAUAUUUGAUAACGAAGUCGAAACAUGCCUUUUUUAUUCUGCUGUACUGAGCUAGAGCGCGUGCAUGUGCAUGUGGACGGCCAGACGUCAGGGUGCUGCGGCGAUGCUAACAGCCCAUGCGGGUCAUUGCAGCUGGGGCUCUCAAUGCUCCCCCCAUCAGGCGGCUCCCUCCUGCUGUCGCCGGGCACCCACCGCCCUCCCUCUGCUGGCCUGCCUCUCGGUGGCCGAUCCAUCUCAAUCCUCGCUGCUCCUCCUCCUCCUUCCUCCACUUCCCCUUCUACUCCUCCUCCCACCAUCCCAACCAUUGACUGCACGGGGGAGCGUGUCUCACAGCCGUCUGCGUUCCAGCCACUGCCGUGCUGCCAUGUGGCACCGCGCAACUGGUCCUUGCAGGGAUAGCCAUGCAGAACGGCCGGAUAGGCGCGCCACGUGGCGGCUGCCUGUUGGUCGAGAACCAGGCCGUCCACGUCAGCAACAGCACCUUCUCUGGCUGCUCAGCAGUGAAUUACGGCGGCGCGAUUUCCGUCUCCAACGCGCCAGAUGUCACGCUUACAGGCGUCCAUGUCAGCACCUCAUCCGUCUCCUCGCUCUUAGGAGGCGGUGGGGGCGUGGCUCUAAGAAAUGUGACUGCAGCGAGUAUGGCUGAGUGCUGGUUCAAGGGGUGUGCAGCAAAGGCCAGCACUGGGGGAGGUGUCUUCUGUGAGGGGGGUGGGUUGGAGGUGCGGGGAGGGGGCUUCAACGACUGCAGUGCUGACAUCUCAGGGGGCGGUUUAUCCACCACCAAGUGCACAGGGCGCAUCGACGGGGUUCAGUUCUCCAACAGUCAGGCCACAGUGGGUGGGUGCAUGGCUGACAACGCCUCUCCCUCCCUCACCGUCUCCUCCUCCUCCUUCCACUCAUGCAUCGCCACCAACCCUCUUCUCGACCCCUUCUCGAACUUCAUGCACGGGGCAUCAAUCUACGCCAACUACACCGCCACCCUCACCGUCUCCCUCUCCCACUUCACCAACGGAUCCGGGACCACGGGGGGGGCGGGAUCAUGGGAAUGGGCGUCGGAAACCUCACGGUUACCACCAGCGAGUUUCACAACAACCGCGCGUCGAGCCCGCAGGGCGGGGGAGGGGCGGGGAUGGAGGCACGGGACUCCAAUAUCACGAUCCAGAGCUCCCGGUUCUUCAACAACUCGGCGGAUUCCCCCAUGAUGGCCCUCGGGGGGGCUGUGUACAUAAUGGACUGCCCGGGGAUCAUCUCCAACUGCUCCUUCAUAGGGAAUGAGGCGACACACAGCACGGAGUCGGCCACGGCGCAGGGAGGGGCGCUGCUCCAGGCAUGGGGGCACAUGGGCCCGGCGACGCAGCUGGUGCUGGAGGACUGUGUGUUUGAGGGCAACCGCGCCAUGUUCGGCGGGGCGGCUACCUUUGAGAGUGAUGCUGUGGUCAGGAGAACGAGGUUUCUCCGCAACACGGCUUCGUUCAGACUUGCUGGUGCUGUGAUCUUCUACCGUGGGGCCACGGUGGACGACUGUGAGUUCAACGGCAACUCCGUGCUGCACAACGGGGGGGCGAUAGCCACAGGGGGGCUCGGAGUCACCAACAUCACCCGCACGGCGUUUGUCAACAACGUUGCCCACGCGGGGGACGGGGGGGCGGUGUUUGUGGACGAGGGCGCCGCGGGCACCGUCCUGAUGUCCGACUCUCUCUUUCUCAACAACUCCGCCCUGCUCUCUAAAGGAGGGGCGGUUUCCUUUUCCGGCAAUGUACUCGCUAUAGACAACUCCGCCUUCCUGAACAACUCCGCUCUUGUCAAGGGCGGUGCAAUAGCAGUUCAAGCUGCUUAUACAGCAGCAGGGGCGAGCCCCCCCUGGCGCGUGUCCCUCUCCCACACCCGCUUCCGCUCCAAUCAAGCCGAUCUGGCUGGCGGCACGCUCUCCGUCUCCUCUCAAGCCGCAGUCAGUGCGGUCAACUGCAGCCUCCUCCACAGCACGGCCAGCAGCGGCGGUGCGAUCAUCAUGGAGGACUUUGGACGGCUCAGAUUGCACCGCUCCGAGUGCUCUUACAACCAGGCGCCGUCCGGGGGAGGCUGCAUCUCCCUGGGUGACUUCUCCACUGCUACUGUCACCUCGUGUAACAUCACAUUCAACGGCGGGGGCAACGAGGGGGGAGCACUGCGAAUGACGGGGCAGACGCUCCUCUCCCUCUCCACCUCCCUCCUUGCCAACAACUCCGCCCUGGACGGUGGCGCCCUGUGGACGGAAAUGGACGCCCGGGUGCAAAUGACCGACACCGUUGUGGCGGGCAACACCGCCAAGGUGCAGGGGGGGGGCGUCUACUGCAUCCACAAGUCCAACCUCUCGGUUUCAGACUCGCAGUUUGUGGAGAACCGGGCGCUGGUGGGCGGGGGGCUGCUGGCGGAGGGCGAAGUGGCGGUGUGGGUGGCGGGGCGGUCGGGGUUUGAGCGCAACGAGCAGCACGCCGUGGUGCUGCUGGGGCAGACGCGCGCCCGCUUCCAAGACACCAGCUUCCGGGGGAAUGCCGCCGUGGGGGAUUCGAGAGACGGAGGCGCGAUCUCGGUCACACUCAUGCUCUCCGAUGGGCUGAUGAGAGGAGCAGGGGGGAAAGCAGCGGGAGGAGCAGCGGGAGGAGCAGCGGGAGGAACACGGGGAGCAGCAGUGGGAGCAGCAGUGGGAGCAGCGCCAUCCUCGUUACAAGCCGGUAAGCCGCGAAUCGUAAGGAAUCGGGCCGUGCAGCAGGGAGGCGGGGUGUUUGUGGCGGGCAACGCCAGCAUCACCGUCGCAGGCGCCACGUUUGUGGGCAACAAGGCUGGGGGGUCGGGGGCAGGCGUGGCGGUGCUGGAGCAGGCUCACGGCUCUCUGAGGGGAUGCGACGGGUUUCUGCCGCCUGGUGCUGCUGGUGGCAGCAGCAACGCUGGCGCCAGCAACGGCACUGCGGUUGCGGCUGCUGAUGCUGGCACAGCGUUCGGAGUUGCCAUGGCACCACCAUCAUCACCAUCAGCACCAGCACCAUCAUCAACAGCAGCAGAAGCAGCAGCAGCAGCAGCAGCAGCAGCAGCAGCAGCAGCAGGGGCGGGGUUGCUGCCUCUGACCGUGUCUCUCCUGUCCUUCCAGGGUAACACGGCUCCCAAAAGGCUCAGGCUGGGCUCGGCUUUCUUCGACGCCACGUUCGAUCCGUCCAUGCGCUCGAGCUGCGACAGAUGCCGGCGGAAAGACCCCAGAGACACCAUGGGAUCUCCCCCGACCACUUUUAAAAUGCACUGGCCGGGCGCGGAGCAGCAGGACGCCGGGGGGAUGACAGUGUACCGAGUGCGGGGAGACAUGGCCAACCCGGUGGCUGGGCUGCAGAUCACCGUGCUCGAUGCUGCCGGGCUCGUCGCUUCCAAUGACAACUCGGCGCUAGUGGAGGUGGUUCCCAGUCCCUAUAUCGCCGGUGAGCUCAGAGCAACAGCCGUGGCCGGCGCAGUCACUGUGCCGCCCAUAACCAUCGUCGACAUCCCACAGGCUGGUAACCCUCCGGCUGCUGCGUCUUCUGUUACACUGCCUGGUAACCCUACCGCUGCUGCGUUUGGUCGGCCUGGUAACGCUGCUGCUGCUUCUGCUCCCAGCACCAGUGCCGGUGCGCCAGCUGGCGUGCUCUCAUUGGCUGUCGCAGUCACCAGUCCUCUCAACGCCUUUCCACCCUUCGAGCGCAACCUCGAGAUCGUUUUCUGCCCGGCUGGGCAGUAUUACAAAACUGCAGACAAUGGUACCAGCAGUAGGAGUAGCAGCAGCACCACGAGCAGCAGUGACCCCACCAACCCCCCUGUGCCUCCCACAACAUCCCCUGGAAGCCCAAUGCUCUGUGCCACGUGCCCCAUAGGCAGCUAUUGCGGGCCCGGUAGGGGCGCCCAGCACUGCCCAGAUGGCACCUUCUCCUUCCGCCAAGGUGCCACCUCCCCCAGUGACUGCCUGCCCUGCCCCAACACCACCAACGCCAGAACGAGCCUCCCCACCAUGACCUGCUCCGACGGGGUUGCUGACGUGGCGGAGGGGUAUUGGCUGGACCCGGGGAGUGUGGGGAAGGGGGCGGUGGUGGUGUAUGCGUGUGACGUGCUCGAUGGGUGCCCUGGGUUCCAAUACCCUCCAAAAUACCCUCAAGUGCUGAAUUCUGCCCUCCAAUACUCCUCUCCUGAAGCCGCAGCAUCCGCCCUACAAGGCGGUGGUGAUGCGCUGUGUGGGGAGGGGGAGGGGGAGGGGGGGCAGUGCAUUGGGGAGUACGGGCAGUGUGGGCCGGGGUACGCUCAAGUGCGGCUGUGCUCCGAGUGCAGCAGCGGCUUCUAUGCUUCGCUCAAGGAGUGCCGCCAGUGCACCUCCACUCUAACCAAUCUCUUUCCUCUCUUCCUCACGCUCGUCAUCCUGGCAUGGGCGGCCAUGGCCGUCCUCUCAGCCUCAUUUCACGCGGCGGCCAUUUUCCUCUCGGAGCUGCAGCUACUGGCGCUCAUCGCGUCGUACAACGUGCCCUUGCCCACCUGGCUGCGCCCCUUCAUUCUGAUCUUCCACCUUGCGCUCUUUGCCCCUGACGUGAUAGCACCGGCAUGCGCCACCUCCUUUGGCUAUGUGCAGGAGUGGGCUGUCACCAUGCUCGUCCCCCUUAUAGGUCUCCUCGCUUACGCCACACUCUUCGCCCUGCGCAAGCUCUACCUGUACAUUGUGAAAUACAGAUCCACUGCUGCUACCGUUACCACCCCACCCAGUUCUGCUCCUGCUGCUGCCACUGCUACCGCUGCUGAUGCUGCCACUUCUGCACUUCCCGCCACAACUGCGGCUGCAGAUUCUGCUGCUGCUGCCGCUGCUGGAAGCAACACAGAAACAGACACUACUGCCACUCCCAAUCAUACCCCUUCCUCCAACCACCCUCCCACCCACCCAUCCACCCACAAGCAUCCCACCUCUCAUUCCCCCUCCGAUUCUUUCAACUACACCCUAGUUCACGGGGUAACCAACUGGUUAGACCUGUGCUACGCACCUGUCGCCUAUCGCUGCCUGCAAGCGCUCCACCCGUACUUCUACGGGGUAGAGACGCUCGCCGCCGCCCCGUCACUCCUCUGGCUCUCUGCCGCCCAUAACACCAUGUUUGCUGUGGCUGUAGUGGUGCUUCUAGUGUAUGUGGUGGGGGCGCCAGUGGGUUAUGCUGCAGUGCUGUGGUGGGGGAGAGGGGGAAGGGAGCGAGGGGAGGGGAAGAGAGGGGAGGGAAGUAGAGGAGAGGGGAAGAAAGAGGAGGGAAGUAGAGGAGAGGGGAAGAAAGAGGAAGGGAAGCGCAGGGAGGGGAAGAGAGGGGAGAGGAGAAGGGGGGGUUGGGAUGGGCAUGCGUUCAGGAGGCAGUGGGGGUGGAUGGUCAGCCGGUAUGAGGAUGACUACUUUUGGUGGCACCUCACCUGCUACGUCCGCCGCCUGCUCAUCGCCAGCCUGGCAGUCUUCGCCUCCACGUCCCCCGAGGCACAGCUGUCCGCCACGCUGCCCCUGCAGGCGGUGCGCAUCGGGCUGCAGUACGGCGCCUCGCCCUUCGCCUCGCUCUCGCUGGACCUGCUCUCAUCGCUGCUGGCCCUCUCGGAGUUCCUCUUCACCCUCGCCAUGACCGGGGAGAAUUACAUCAAGCUCUCCGCCGCCGCCUCCGUGCUCUAUGUCAUCGCGCUCCUGCUGCUGCUGCUGCCGGCGCUGCUGGUGCUGUUGUAUGAAGUGGUCAAUGGUUACAUUGCCGCGUGUAACCGCUGGGCGUUGGUGAGGCUGGAGGGGGGACGGAAGGGUGGGGUUGGGAGGGGAUGGGGAAGAGGUGGGAGCCGGGGCCCUGACUCGCGUUUGCAAACACCGAGGGCUCAAGGGAGGUGCGGAAACACAGGCGAAGAGAUGAGUGAGGAUGGGUAUGAAGGGGUUGAUAUGGGGGACGUGGCAGAGUGGUUCAGACCACAUGUGCUCUAUGCCUUCCUUCACCACUCCAACAAGACUGCUGCUGCUGCUGCUGCUGCUGCUGCUGCUGCUGCUGCUGAAGGAGCAGCAGCACAACCAGCUGACUCAGCAACCAGCACCACACCACAACCAUCACCCCAGCAGCAGCAGCAGCAGCAGCAGCAGCACCCGGCUCACCUCCUCCUCGCCAUCCACCGCCGCUUCCACCUCUGCCAGUCAAAUGGCCUGGGCGGCACGGACUGGACGCGGCACCUGUCCAAGUCGCAGCUAUACGCCGUGCUCUCACAGGCGCUGCUGGGCGCCGCCGUGGGGGACGUCACCGUCGCCACCCUGCCCGCUAGGCCUGGUACAGACUCUCGUGUGCUGAAACCGCAGAUCACGCUGCAGCAGCAGCAGCAGCAGCGGCAGCAGGCGAACCAGCAGCAGCAGCAGCCGCAGUUGGGAGUAGUGGUGGGAGGCAGUAUGACGGCAAUAGGAGCAGCAGCGGCGGACUUGGGAGGGGUGGGGUCCACGAGUGGCCGUCGCAGCAACAUCAGUGUUCUGGUUCGCAGCCUGUCCAAGCGGGAAGGGCUGCCAGCGGCUGACCCCCUCUCCAUGUCUCGAAGCAGCUCCAGGCACGACCUGCCAGCAGCAGGAGCAGCAGCAGGAGCAGGAGCAGCAGUGGUAGGAGAGGGGGCGAUCAUCGGUGGCGGGUUGCUGGUGCGCAGCGGGUCCACCUCACGGGGGGACUCGGCCUCUGACCCACCUGCCUGGGCGUCCGCCAUCGGGGCUUUCGGCCUCUCCAGGAGCGCCUCCCGCCGCGAGAUCGUUCCGGACUCACCACGGGCAGUUGGAGCCGUGGGACCAUUCUCGGGAGGAGUAGGAGUAGGAGCAGGAGGAGCAGGAGGAGCAGCAGGAGCCGGUCUAGCGUCAGGUCUAGGGGCGGUGCUGGCGGCGGGAGUGCCGGGAACGCCGGUGGCGCGGCAGGGGUCGCGCCGGGACUUUGUGCCCGACUCGCCCCUUGCCAUUUCCAGAAGCGCCUCCCGCCACGCUGCCCUUGCAGACUCCCCUGCCUCUGCUGCCCUCUCCAUCUCCCCCUCAGCAGCAGCCUUACCUGGCCUGGGUGGCUUUUCCCUGUCUCGCAGCAGCUCCCGCCGCGACCCCUCAGGUGCACUCUCAGGUGAAUUCUCAGGUGCUCUCCCGGUGGUCCGGCAGUCCAUCUCCCGGAGCUCCUCCCGUCGGGAGAUCGUGUCGGAGAUCGAGGGCGAGCUCGCCGCCACGGGCCUCCCGGGGUCUCUGUCGCGGUCCCUCUCUCGGUCGCUUUCCAGGAGUGCGUCGCGGCGCGAGCGGUGGAAUGAUGGCAGCAGCAGCUUUGGGGGGGGCGUGGUGGAGGCGGAGGUGGUCACCCGGGCCGAGUGGCCCCCGCGCCUGGAGGACCAUGUCACCUGGGCCGCCGCUGCUGGGGCUGGGGGUGGUGCUGCUGCUGAUGGUGGUCGUGGUGCUGGGGGUGCUGCUGCUGGGGGUGCUGCUGCUGGGGGUGGUGGUGGCACUGGUGGGGAACAUGCAGGGGUGAGUGAGGAAGGUGCAAGAGGGGGAGGGGAAGGCAGUGGUGGUGCCGGGAAUAGGAAUGUUGCAGCAGGGGAUGGGAGUGCUGCUGUGUCUGACAGGGGCACUGCAGGCGCUAGAGAGCCAAGCAGCAGCAGGGUUGGCAGCGGCCGUGGCACCAGCAGCAAUGGCUCGCCUCCUCCUGCUGCUUCGUCCAUCCCUCCCACGGCCGCCAAUGCAGCUGCUGCUGCUGCUGCCUCAUCACCAGUUGAAGCUGACUCAUCGCCAGUUGAAGCUGACUCAUCACCAGUUGAAGCUGACUCAUCGCCAGUUGGAGCUGACUCAUCACCAGUUGAAGCUGACUCAUCGCCAGUUGAAGCUGACUCAUCACCAGUUGAAGCUGACUCAUCGCCAGUUGGAGCUGACUCAUCACCAGUUGAAGCUGACUCAUCACCAGUUGAAGCUGACUCAUCACCAGUUGAAGCUGACUCAUCGCCAGUUGAAGCUGACUCAGCGCUACAUGCACCCUCUCCAUCCCGGCCAGCACCUGCUUCCGUUGCGAGCAGCACAGGGCCCAGUGAGGCAGCUCUGCACGGCACAUCACCCUCAUUACCAGUGGGUUUAUGGCCACGGUCAGAUGCUGCACCAGCAGCAGCACCAGAUACAACAGCAGCAACAGCACUAGGAACACCACCAGAACUGGGAACAGCUGGUGCAACAGCAGCAGUAGCAACAACAACAUCAGCAGCAGCAGCAGGAGCAGCAGCAGGGGCAGGGGAGCCGGGAGGAAGGGGGGAGGCGGAGUACGUGGAGGCGCGGCUGGGCGUGGCGGAGCUGACUCUGACGUUUCAGCGGCACCUGGCCAUUCUGGUGCGCGUGGAGGCGCACCGCAGGGAGGACUCGCUGCGCCUGCUGCUGCACUCCCACGCCGUGCAGGACGUCAUUGCCUGGCUCACCUCCCCGCACUGCAAGCCGGACGAUCAAAGGCUUGUGUUGGAGCUGAUCAGAUUGAUGAGAGAGGCAUCAGAGGAUGAGGCAGGGGGGCUGCAGUGGUACUGGGGCUUCCUUUGCUUCUUCCGCACGCACAGAAUGUUCAGCGGUAUUUAUUGAGCUACUACACUCUUAAUCAUAGGGUGCCUGGGGCUUUAGUCAAAGAGCUGGCUGGUAUUUCUGUUCGUACUGACUGAUGGUACAAUAUUAGUGUUUUCCAACG